CGCCCAAAUCAGUACUUAAUGGAUUUAAUCAUCAUUGAGGAAUAGUCUCAAGCCGAAUCCGUGAUAUGUAGCCUUCAAAAUCCAAGUAAAAUGGUCUUUCGAAAUAAAAAAUCGCCCAAAUAAUUAUGAAAAUGGCAAGAAAUAAAUUUCGCCAAAUCGGUGCUUAAUGGCUUAAUCAUCGGUGGAGAAUAGGAUCAGUAGACUUCAUUAUCGGUUGAGAACAACCUCGGACCGAAUCCAUGAUUUGUGCCUCCAAAAUCGAAAGAAAAUGCCAUUUCGGUAAAAAUCGUCCGAAAUCUGUGAUGGUACCCUAUUGGACUCUGCAAAAAAUAGACUCAGAAGAUAUCGCCCAAAUCUGUGCUUAAUGGACUUAGUCAUCGUUGAAGAAUAGCCUCAGGCCGAAUCCGUGUUCUGUAGCCUUCAAAAUCCAAGCAAAAUGGUCUUUCUAAAAAAAUUGCCUAAAUAAUUACGAAAAAAAUUCGCCCAAAUCGGUGCUUAAUGGCUUAAUCAUCGGUGGAGAAUAGGAUCAGUAGACUUCAUUAUCGGUUGAGAACAGCCUCGAGCCGAAUAUGUGAUUUGUAACCUUCAAAAUCGAAAGAAAAUGGCAUUAAUGUAAAAUCGCCAGAAAUCUGUGAUGGUACCCCUUUGGAAUCUGCAAAAAAUGGACCCAGAAGAUAUCCGCCCAAAUCCGUGCUUAAUGGACUUUAUCAUCGUUGAAGAAUAGCCUCAGACCAAAUCCGUUACCUGUAGCCUUCAAAAUCCAAGCAAAAUGGCCUUUCGGGAAAAAAAAUCGCCCAAAUAAUUUCGAAAAUGUCAUACGAAAAACAUUUCGUCCAAAUCGGUGCUUAAUGGCUUAAUCAUCGGUGGAGAAUAGGAUCAGUAGACUUCAUUAUCGGUUGAAAACAGUCUCGGGAUGAAUCCGUGAUCUGUAGACUCCAAAAUUGAAAGAAAAAUGCAAUUUCGGUAAAAUCGCCCGAAAUCUGUAAUGGUACCCCUUUGGAAUUUGCCAAAAAUGGACCCGGAAGAUAUCCGCCCAAAUCGGUGCUUAAUGGACUUAAUCAUCGUUAAAAAAUAGCCUCAGGCCGAAUCCGUGAUCUGUAGCCUUCAAAAUCUAAGCAAAAUGGCCUUUCGAGAAAAAAAAAUCGCCCAAAUAAUUACAAAAAUAAAUUCGCCAAAAUCAGUGCUUAAUAGUUUAAUCAUUGGUGGAGAAUAGAUUCAGUAGACUUCAUUCUAAAUAUCCAUGAAAGUUAACUGAAAAUUAUGUCUCCCAUAACUUACAUUGUAAUCUAGAAUCAGACCACCUUAACUUAAAAUGUUUGUUUCAACGAAUCCUAUAAUCUUAAUUAGAAUAAAUCAUAAAUCAUAAAUCAACAUGGACAUUUCUUUCUAGCUUCCCCAUCUCCAUUCCCCCAUUUCUCAAAAACCACCCACAACUAAUAAAGCACCUAGGCAUGCACCUUUUUGCAAGAAAAACAAAAGGGUCCAUAAAGCCCAAAACAACAAGAAAACAACACAUCAUAAAGAAGAAAAAAGGGGGAAGCAAAACAACCAACAAGAGUGAAUGGGCAUGAUCAGCAGCAGAACCCUCAAAACCCCAUUGGUACAGGGCAUGCUGCUUACGCGUUCAUGUCUCCACUGUAUACAUAUGAAAUGCAAUAGUGGAAUCGUGGGGUUUCCAUUUGGUCAAAAUCCCUCUGCCUGCCUGUCUGCCCUUCUUCUUCUUCUUCUUCUUCUUCUCCAAUCUCAGUACUACUGAAUCAGUGUGCGUUUCUCUGUCGGGUGAGAAAACCUCCCUCUCCCUCUCUCUCUCUCUCUCUCUCUCUCUCUCUCUCUCUCUCUCUCUCUUCUGCAAAUCUUCAUCUUCAGUCACUUUCUUUUGUAUGUUUUCUACACUACAAGCAAAAUGCCAUACAUACCAUGAUCAACAUCUCAAGUCAUUGCGCUUUCAACAGUUGUUUUCCUACUCUAUCGCAGACAGUGAAUGGUGUGUGAGUUUGAAAGCAUGGGAACAAAAGAUGGAUGACAAAUGGGUUUAGUGUGGAGUGUUGUCAUAUGUAGUUGUCUCCAUGGUACCACGACUUUACACAGAUGUCUUCAUGUGUACCUUAGCAUUCGCUCGCUCUCGAUCGAUAAAAGUUUCGGAUAAGUACUUGAUUUAAAAAAAAAAACACGGAUGGUACUUGACCAUGACAACCUCCCGUCGUUGCGUGUACUUGUUAAAAAAAAAACUUUGGUGUCAACUGCACGCUAACUUGGCAUAGUGGAAAGAAACCCUAUAUAUGUUUAUAAACUUGUAUGGGAGGUCGAAUCGAUAAAACUGACCGUUCAAAUAAUAGCAAAAUCACAGGACAGUUCAUUAUGAGAUCAUAUCGAUUUGAGUGUCUGAUGUGCAAUCUAACACCAUUUAAACCAUGCACGGUGAAAAGCCACCACAAUGGUGAAUAAUUUGAAUAGUUAGUAAACGAUUUACCCAUUUGAGUUAGUAAUGGAAAAUGUGAUAUCAACCCUCCACAAUUAGCUACCAAGGAGGAGAUUGUUUGGUGGUUUCAAGUAAUAUACGUUCGAAUUAGGACAAGUACUAGCUCUUUUUUACUAUAACAUCGGAUCAGACAACUAGAUUAUUCGGCAUAAGCUAAUUAGUUCGUCUAUGUGGUCAUUUCGAUUGUCGAUUUAGGAGUUGGCAUGUUAAACUUUUGAAAAUUUGUUCACAACCAUAAUGAAAAUGGAUGGAAGCGACUAUUAUUAUUCUUGAUUCAUGAAACCAAUUUGUCACAAAUCAAAACUUAACGACUGAUUUGUCAAUUACCAAAAAGUUAAGUAACCAUUUAUUCAAUUGACCCACGAGGCCACGACUGUAGUGAGCGAGAACGGGAGGUAAAUAAAAAAGCGGGAGCAGAGUGGGAAAGCAAGAAAACCAGAAAGAGGAAACAGAGAGAAAAAUGGCGGUGAGGAGGUGAGUGAGGCUAUGGAGGUUUUCCCUUUUUUCCCCUUUUGUUUUCUUGUUUGCAAAUUAUAAACCUCCACAGGCAGAGGAAAGAGAAAGAGAGAGGAGUAAGAAAGGAAGGAGGAGACUUUCCAAACCCGUCUCCCUCUUCUCUUCUCUUUCUUAAAUCCCCUGCAUAAAUAAAUGUCACAAGACGAAGAUCCAAUUGAGCAGUGGAAAUGGUCCGAAAUGCAAGGCCUUGAGCUCGUCUCUGCCCCUCCCACUCCUUCUCUAGCGCCCAAUUCAUCUUCCUCGACACCGGAACAAGGCAAACAAUCCGCCGCCGCGGAGAGACGAGGAAUGGAAAGCGGCAGCAAUAGCAAUGGUACUAGUAGUAGUAGCAAGAAGGAGAAUGGCGGCUCCGGCGCCGGCGCCGGCGAUGGAGGGGAGAAGACAGGGGAAGUCGCCACCGUCGGGUUCAAGGAGCUAUUUAGAUUUGCGGAUGGAUUGGAUUACGUGUUGAUGGGAAUUGGGUCCGUGGGUGCUUUCGUCCACGGAUGCUCUCUUCCCCUGUUCCUAAGAUUCUUCGCCGAUCUCGUUAACUCGUUUGGGUCUAAUGCCAAUGAUAUGGAUAAGAUGACUCAGGAAGUCUUGAAGUAUGCUUACUAUUUUCUGGUUGUUGGUGCUGCAAUCUGGGCGUCCUCGUGGGCGGAGAUUUCAUGCUGGAUGUGGACUGGUGAGAGGCAGACGACGAAGAUGAGGAUUAAGUUUUUGGAAGCAGCUUUAAACCAGGACAUUGAGUACUUCGACACCGAAGUUCGGACCUCCGACGUCGUCUCAGCAAUUAACACCGAUGCAGUUACAGUCCAGGACGCCAUUAGCGAGAAGCUGGGCAAUUUCAUUCAUUACAUGGCGACAUUGGUUUCCGGGUUCGUAGUGGGAUUCACAGCCGUGUGGCAGUUAGCUCUCGUCACUCUGGCCGUCGUUCCUCUCAUUGCUGUAAUCGCAGCUGUUCACACGACUACGCUCGCUAAGCUAACCAGCAAGAGCCAGGAAGCUCUGUCGGAAGCUGGGAAUAUCGUCGAACAGACGGUGGUUCAAAUUCGGGUUGUUUUCGCGUACGUCGGAGAAUCGAGAUCGCUCCAGGGCUACUCGGCGGCGUUGAGAGUCGCGCAGAAGCUGGGUUACAAGAGCGGAGUGGCGAAAGGACUUGGACUCGGUGGUACUUACUUCGUCGUCUUCUGUUGCUAUGCACUUCUUCUCUGGUACGGCGGGUACCUCGUCAGGCAUCAUUACACCAAUGGCGGGCUCGCCAUUUCCACCAUGUUCGCCGUCAUGAUUGGAGGACUGGCAUUGGGACAAGCUGCCCCGAGCAUGAGCGCAUUUGCGAAAGCCAGAGUCGCCGCCGCGAAAAUCUACCGCAUCAUCGACCACAAGCCGGCGGUGAAUCGGAACAGCGAGUCAGGGGUGGAGCUAGACUCAGUCACCGGUUUAAUAGAGCUGAAAACCGUGGAUUUCUCCUACCCAUCAAGGCCGGAUGUACGGAUCCUCAACCACUUCUCGCUCACUGUUCCCGCCGGCAAGACCAUAGCUUUAGUCGGCAGCAGCGGCUCCGGCAAGAGCACGGUGGUUUCCCUCAUCGAGCGGUUCUACGAUCCUGAAUCAGGCCAAGUUCUGCUAGAUGGACACGACAUCAAGACAUUGAAGCUGAGAUGGUUGAGGCAGCAGAUAGGGCUAGUGAGCCAAGAGCCAGCUCUGUUUGCAACCACCAUUAAAGAGAACAUACUGCUGGGAAGGCCAGAUGCUGAUCAGGUCGAGGUUGAAGAAGCUGCAAGAGUUGCCAAUGCUCAUUCAUUCAUCACCAAGUUACCAGAUGGCUUUGACACUCAGGUGGGAGAGAGAGGGCUGCAGCUCUCAGGUGGGCAGAAGCAGAGAAUAGCUAUAGCGAGGGCAAUGCUUAAGAACCCUGCGAUUCUUCUCCUCGACGAGGCGACGAGUGCGUUGGACUCCGAAUCAGAGAAACUCGUGCAAGAAGCUCUGGACAGGUUCAUGAUAGGAAGGACCACCUUGGUCAUUGCUCACCGGCUCUCCACCAUUCGGAAGGCUGACCUCGUAGCUGUUCUACAGCAAGGUUCUGUCACUGAAAUUGGGACCCAUGAUGAGUUGUUUGCCAAGGGAGAGAAUGGCGUUUACGCCAAGCUUAUCAGGAUGCAGGAGGCAGCACAUGAGACAGCGAUGAACAAUGCUAGAAAGAGCAGUGCCAGGCCAUCGAGUGCCAGGAACUCCUUGAGCUCGCCAAUCAUUGCACGGAACUCCUCCUAUGGCCGCUCCCCAUACUCUCGUCGCCUCUCUGACUUCUCCACCUCGGACUUCAGCCUCUCAUUAGACGGCAUGCACCCAAGCUACCGCCACGAGAAGCUCGCCUUCAAGGAGCAAGCCAGCUCCUUCUGGCGACUCGCCAAGAUGAACUCCCCAGAGUGGGGCUAUGCAUUAGUUGGCUCAAUAGGCUCAAUCGUCUGCGGGUCCCUCAGUGCCUUCUUUGCAUACGUGCUGAGUGCCGUCAUGAGUGUCUAUUACAGCCCCAGCCAUGCUUACAUGAUCAGAGAAAUUGCCAAGUACUGCUACUUGCUCAUAGGCCUCUCGUCGGCUGCCUUAAUCUUCAACACUCUGCAGCAUUCUUUCUGGGAUAUUGUUGGAGAGAAUCUGACCAAGAGGGUGAGGGAGAAGAUGCUGGCAGCUGUACUUAAAAAUGAAAUGGCAUGGUUUGAUCAAGAGGAGAAUGAAAGUGCUAGAAUUUCUGCGAGAUUGGCUCUCGACGCGAACAAUGUUAGAUCGGCAAUUGGAGAUAGAAUAUCGGUGAUUGUGCAGAAUACUGCGCUCUUGUUGGUUGCUUGCACUGCAGGUUUCGUCUUGCAGUGGAGGCUUGCCCUUGUGCUCAUAGCUGUCUUCCCCGUGGUUGUUGCAGCCACUGUUUUGCAGAAAAUGUUCAUGCAAGGCUUCUCAGGGGACCUAGAAGCAGCCCAUGCCAAGGGCACACAGCUGGCAGGGGAGGCCAUAGCCAACUUGAGAACAGUUGCAGCCUUCAACUCCGAGUCCAAAAUCAUCGGCCUCUUCUCCAGCAAUCUCGAAGUCCCUCUCCGGCGAUGCUUCUGGAAGGGACAGAUUGCUGGAAGUGGAUACGGCAUAGCUCAGUUUGCUCUCUAUGCAUCUUACGCUCUUGGCCUUUGGUAUGCAUCUUGGCUUGUGAAGCACGGCAUCUCAGACUUCUCCAAAACAAUUAGAGUGUUCAUGGUUCUCAUGGUCUCUGCCAAUGGUGCCGCCGAGACCCUCACUCUAGCUCCGGACUUUAUCAAGGGAGGAAGAGCCAUGCGCUCCGUCUUCGAGCUACUUGAUCGCAAGACUGAGAUUGAACCGGACGAAGCAGACUCCAUCCCCGCCCCUGACAGGUUGCGUGGAGAGGUGGAGCUGAAGCAUGUUGACUUCUCCUACCCUAGUCGCCCUGAUAUCCCUGUCUUCCAGGAUAUCUGCUUGAGAGCUCGAGCUGGCAAGACCCUGGCUCUCGUAGGACCCAGUGGGUCCGGCAAGAGCUCAGUCAUUGCAUUGGUACAGCGGUUCUACGAUCCAUCGUCAGGGCGGGUGUUGAUUGACGGGAAGGACAUCCGGAAGUAUAAUCUGAAGUCUUUGAGGAGGCACAUUGCUAUAGUGCCUCAGGAACCAUGCUUAUUUGCCACCACCAUUUAUGAGAACAUCGCUUAUGGCCACGACUCGGCCAGUGAGGCGGAGAUCAUCGAGGCAGCGACUCUAGCAAAUGCCCACAAGUUUGUUUCUUCGUUGCCUGAUGGGUACAAAACCUACGUAGGGGAAAGAGGGGUGCAAUUGUCAGGAGGACAAAAGCAGAGGAUUGCCAUUGCUCGUGCCUUGCUCAGGAAGGCAGAGCUCAUGCUGCUCGAUGAAGCAACGAGUGCAUUGGAUGCAGAAUCCGAGAGGUCAGUCCAGGAGGCUCUUGACCGAGCUUGCUCGGGGAAGACCACAAUCAUCGUGGCUCACAGGCUGUCUACCAUACGAAAUGCUAGUACCAUUACUGUGAUUGAUGAUGGUAAAGUGGCUGAGCAAGGGUCUCAUUCGCAUCUACUGAAGAACUUCCCUGAUGGGAUCUAUGCUCGGAUGAUUCAGUUACAGAGGUUUACACAAGGACAGGUGAUCGGAAUGAUAUCCGGUUCUAGUUCUUCGACUCGGCCUAAUGAUGAUGAAGACAAGGAAGCAUAGUGAGGUUCAAAACGAGAAAAAUCCCAGUAAAGAGUACAUUUCCCAGAUACCCCAUAUGCAAAAUUUUCCUCUCUUUUGGGCUUCAGUUCCCAAGUAGUAUGGUAUAGCAGCACAGCAGUAUGGAAUGUGUAUAAUAUAUGGUCUAAUCUUCUGAGAAAAAAUUCUUUCAUGGGCAAAUGUUCAAACUUCAAACAUGAAGAACUACUUUUUGACAAAGGAUGCAAGUAUAUUGAGUGUGAGUGAUGUAUUUACUUUUUACUGUAUGAGGUAGUGUGGUCCAAUGGAAGUUGUUUGAACCCCACAGAAAGACAGUGAAUUUGGGAUUUGAUUGAUUGGGAAGGAAUGUGGAAGGGUGCAUGGUUAGGAUUCCAUCAUUUCCCUAAAACAGUGAUGGGUGAUGGAAGGGGGAAGCAACAAUAAUGGAGAUGGGUGACCUUGGAGCUUACAAAGAUGACAACUUUUUAGUCUGGAAAAUUGAUUGAUACCAAAAUCAAUGUUUUCCUGAGAUGGGUUUUCUUCUUUCUGGGGGCAAUUUUGAUAUUACUCAAUCCUAGUCCCAUAUGGAUUACCAACCAUGUUUUAGAUGCAUGUUGUGGGGAACCAAAUUAUUGCAGGAACUUUCACUUGGUGGGUGCACACAACAGAUAUAAAAGUGUUAUGUGCUUUGAAAAGCCAAGAUAGCAACUGAAGAAGGGAGGUGAAAUGGAGGGGAAGGUGAAAGAGAUUAUGGGACUGAAUAAUGUUGUUGGAGACAAAGCGUGGGAAAAAGGGAAGGUGAAUUUUGUUAAGGAAAGCAAUUGAGAAAAUGACAAAUGAGAUGAUGAUGGAGAUAUCUUUUGGGCAUGGAGUAAGGAAAAGGGAUGGAAGGACUAAGGAGGGUGGGGUUUUCAUGGAAUGCUUCUUUUUGGAGGUGUGGUGGGUUGCCACCUCAUCUCAUCUCUUUUCUUUUCUUUGGUUGAAUGGACAAGUGAGAAGAGGAACAUUUGAGGAGGAGUUGACAAAGAAUUGAGUUGAUAAGAAGUCUAUUCAAUUUUAAUUAAGAUGUUAGGUUUGGGAGUAUAAUCUUUGUUGAUAUGGUCCCAAUAUUUGAAGCUUUUAGCAUCUCGCCAAAUUCUAUCAUUGGAUUUUAAAUUCAUCGCAAUAUUUAGGUUACCUAAAAGAGAAUUUUGUUAUGGUGCUUACAACACCAUCUUCAAAAAUACGCUCAUAAGGCGCACGGCCGAUGGAUCACGCACUAGGCGCACCAACGGCUAUGUCAUGUGAGCACGUUUUCAUAUGUGGUGUUAAGUUCCUUCGGACUAAGAAACAAACUCUCUGAACUACCAAAUCCAAACAUCAAAGUCAUGUAGGUUACUGACACGCAAUCGGAUUCAUACGUCGGAUGUCUCAAACUCAAAAAUAGAUUAACUACGACAACCCAAGGAAAAGUGAUAAAUCUAUAGCAAAAUUACUAUUAAUAUUCGAAUUAUCAUUCACGAAAUAAAACGUAGGGUAAAGG